AUGGCAUCUGCGCUUCCGAGGCACAUGAGAAGCCCUGGAGAAGAUGGUUACCGUACACCGACGAUAGAAGACGCAGAGCGAGACCUUCCCAUCUUUACUGUGGAGAGUCCCGGAAGUAUAACCCAAGAAGUCCAUACUUCAGCCCUAGAUGCCGCACUGCAAAGAGCUACGUCGCGGGUUACAGCCACAGAUUAUCAUUCCAUCAAUGAAUCUAAUAGCACUUCACGACAUGAUAGCCUAGGUCUUCAGCGAAAAGCUACUGAUGCUUCAGCUUCCAGUCUUAGCUGGAAACGGAGAAUUCGCCAUGUCACUUGGGCAUACUUUACUUUGACUAUGGCCACUGGUGGUCUGGCAAAUGUUUUCUAUGAAGUGCCUUAUCGUUUUCGUGGACUGGAUAUGAUCGGAACUGUUGUCUUCUUGAUCAAUAUUGCCCUCUACUUUUGCAUAUGGGGUCUACUUUUUACACGAUUCUAUUAUUACCCCUAUACUUUCAAAGCCUCGUUUCUACACCCGACAGAAUCCCUGUUCGUUCCAGCUGCAGUGGUCUCUUUCGGCACUAUCUUAAUCAACAUUUCUCAGUACGGGCCACAGAAUGCAGGCCCUUGGUUGCUCGAAGCUGUUGAAAUCUUAUUUUGGAUUGAUUGCAUAUUAGCGGUGGGAUUCUCGUCUGGAAUCUAUCUAAUCCUAUGGUCGACGCAGACGUUUACAAUAGCCCAAAUGACUCCUAUCUGGAUCUUUCCUGCAUAUCCUAUGCUCAUAAUCGGACCACAUGCUGGAAUCCUCAGUGCCAAACUAGAGCAGGCGCCUGCUUUACGCGUCAUAAUUGGAGGACUGACUAUCCAGGGUGUCGGAUUCCUGGUCUCAUUGAUGGUCUAUUCCGCCUUCAUCUAUCGACUCAUGACACAAAAACUCCCCAAGGAGAACAUCCGGCCCGGUAUGUUUGUUUCUGUAGGUCCAAGUGGUUUCACCGUCGCUGGACUGGUGAAUAUGGCCUCUGCGACAAAACAAGCUUUUCCGGCAGACUUCAUGGGAAAUGGACCCCUCGCUGCUGAUAUCUUGAGGGUUAUGGUUGACUUUGCAUGUCUGUGGCUUUGGGGGUUGGCUAUCUUCUGGUUCAUCAUUGCAAGUGCAGCUCACUGGUCCGCCAUCGGUCCGGGUCGAAUGGUCUAUUCCAUGACCUGGUUCUCAUUCGUCUUUCCAAAUACAGCCUUGAUCACUGCUACCUUCGCGAUUGGCAAGGCAUUUUCUUGCAAGGCUAUCGAUAUCAUAGGGUGUGUGGCGGUCUUGCCGCUGCUUCUCAUGUAUUUCUUUGUUUGUUACAUGAUGGUGCGUGCCGUCGUCCAGCAUCAAAUCUUGUGGCCGCAGAAGGGUGAAGAUCGGAAUGAAGGUGGCUUUGAGAUCCAGAGGAUGAAUCCUGAUGCAGAGAUUUCUACGGAAAUAGCUGAGGUCUAG